UGCCUGACUAAUCAGUAGCUACAGACCCAAGCAGCUGUCAAUGCACACCGUACUGAGCGUCACGACGAUAAGCGGGAGGCUUUGUGGACGGACAGAGGCUUUAAAAUGCAGCUCAGCGACGGUUUUUAUCGUAUUGCACGUUGUCGCAUGUGCAGUACGAGCCAGGUCUCAAACGUAAAAAUCUAGCGAGGGAUAAACGAGGCGAGGAGUAGCGACUUUCUCCGUGUGGUUUUAUUUUUAUGUCUCUAAAGCUGACGGCGGAGUGUUUGCUGUGUGUACUGUCCAUCCGACUGGACUAGUCCAAACAUGAGUAACGUUAAUCUGAUUUUUUGGGACCAGUUGCAGGCUGGCAGCUCCGAGGUGGACUGGUGUGAAGGCAAUUACCUGAUAUACCCCACCAUCGCUGAAUUUUACAACACGAUCAGCAACAUUUUGUUUUUUGUUUUGCCGCCCAUAUUAAUGUGCUUGUUCCGCCAGUAUGCAACACAUUUCAACAAUGGGAUUUACCUCAUAUGGAUUCUCCUGGUUGUGGUUGGUAUUGGCUCCACAUAUUUUCAUGCCACCCUCAGCUUCCUUGGCCAGAUGCUGGAUGAGCUGGCCAUCUUAUGGGUGCUCAUGUGUGCCAUUGCCAUGUGGUUCCCCAAAAGAUACCUACCCAGAAUGUUUAGGAGGGAUCGGUCAAGGUUUAAAGUGGUCAUUGGCAUCUUGUCGGGGAUCACCACUGGGCUGGCAUUCGUCAAACCUGUUGUCAACUCACUGUCACUGAUGACCCUGGGUAUCCCCUGCACUGCACUGCUCAUAACUGAGCUGAGAAGGUGUGAAAACCCUCGAGUCUUCAAGCUGGGUCUGAUCUCAGGGAUCUGGUGGGCGCUGGCUCUGCUCUGCUGGAUCAGUGACAGGAUAUUCUGUGAGAUGUGGUCUUCUGUCAACUUCCCCUACUUGCACUGUGCUUGGCACAUCCUUAUAUGUCUUGCUUCUUACCUGGGCUGUGUUUGCUUCGCCUACUUUGACGUUGCGACCGAAGCCCCUGAGCGAGGACCCGUCAUCAUGUUCUGGCCCAAUGAGAAAUGGGCCUUCAUAGGUGUGCCCUACGUUUCCCUGCUCUGCGUUCACAAAAAAUCUGCAAUCAAGGUGACUUAAUGUGAGAGUUUGCCGCUCUGCUGGUCGUGCUUUAACACUUCUCACCAGGAUGUAUCCAAAACUACAAGAUACAGCGUCAGUGAGUCAGGUAGCAUCCCCUGGUGCUCUCUUUCAUGUUGGGAUGAUAUAGGUGAUGCACAUUUUAGCCAACUGUGAGGAUAAUUAUUGUAUCCUUUUUUAACUCUCCCUGAACUGUUUUUACUACACAGCAGUGUUUAUGCAACUCUUACAAAAAAUGAGUUUCUCUUAAAUGACAAGGUGAUUUUUAAAAAACAAAACCAUUUUAAAGCCAAGAGACCUUUACAGUGUUCGAACACCCUCCUCAGGCUGUCUGUAGAAUCAGAAUCAUAUCAGUGUUGGUUUUAUGCAUUUCAGACUUCUUUAAAUAGAAGUUUUUGUACGUUUUUGAGACUUAAAAAACCUCAUUAUAAAGCAUUGUGUUGCUUUUAUCAACAUGAGUAUACAUAGCAUCUUAUAGGUGCAGUCUGGCCAUUAUAAAAACACGUUAAAGCACUGGAUCAUUAACUGUGACUUAAAGCUUCAUGUUAGGUUGCUUAGCCAAUCUUACUCUACCUAAUGAACCGACAGGCUGGUGCAAACGAAGUUAUAAAAGUGUUAUUGUAAUCUCUUUUACAUAAAGCCAUAUGUGUUAUUGAUACAUGAUGGAUUUAGGCUGUUACAGCUGCCCAACAAACAAUUGAGUAUAAACAUCAGAAACACUAUAGGCUUCUUUCUGUUGCAGGUGUGCUCUAUUUUAUUUCCUGCAUGCCAUUUGUGAUUGUUCCAGUUAUUGGAAAUGUGUUUAAUAUAUUCCUGUAUAUAAUUUAACUAACAAUGUAUUAUGCAAUUUUUGUCAUGGAAUAGUGCAUAGUUCAUGUAUGCUAAAUAAAUAGGUACACUUUGAUAUUGGCCAAAGUAUAAAAAACAGAAUGUGAAAUCAAAAUGUAUUGAAACGUGGUUGACUAUUCAAGUUAAAAGAAUUUAUGUAUAUUUUGCACAAAAUGAACAUUGGUUCUCAUAGCCUUUGGCUAAAACUCACUCUGUGUAGCGUUUCAUAUUGUAAGUACAGUUUCAUACUGAAGUUUUGUCUGAUUUAUGUUCAGCUUUUAAAGGAUCGGUGUGCAAGACUGGGGGCAUCUUGUGGCUGAAAUGUACAGCUGUAUUCCUAAGUAUGAUUUAUAUGCGUGUAAUCAACUUAAAUAAUAAUCAUUGUGUAUUGUUGCCUUUGAGCAUUUUUUGUCCACAGAGAGAGCCAAGCAUGUUGUUUCUACACUGGCUUGGGGUGGACAAACCAGACCUAGAGAAUAGCUAUGCCCCAAUUAAGGCUUUAUUCUAACAUUAGUAUAGGUUCUUCGCAGAUGAUGUCACACAGCAGCAAAGAACACCCAUUGGGGGGCAAUUCAGGAUUUUGAUUUUGAGCUGUUUACAACUAUGCCAAGCAUUCAAAGUGCAAAAAUAUAAACAUUCUUUUUUCUCAGGCUACUUUUGUGUCCUGAAAGUAGUGAAAUAUUCAGGCAAAAAUGUAAAAAUAGUUAAAAAAAAACUCAGAAACGGCAGCAGGCAGGAAUUUAAUAAGCCUGACUAAAGCCUGGAGGAGCGGUGUCACACCCCGCUCAUGUAUGCUCAGUACAGUGCUGUCAUGGUUUGGCACAUUAAACUCUGAUGUUACCCAUGUUUUCCUCAGCUGAUGUCUGUCUCACCAACCUCCAUCUUUGCUUGUUGUGACAGGAAAUCCAUGUCUUAAGAGGUCUAGACCAUUUGGCUUAGCUCAGUAGAACUGGUUAUUUGGCUCCCAAAUGGCUCUUAAUUUUUUUAACAGUUUGGCUUUUUUAAUGUGGAUUAAAUAAUGACAAAGAAUGGAGGAAAGAAAGCUGGCACUCAAACGGGAGCUAGCUACCAAGACCAAGAUAAAAGCCAGGCUUUUAUCAAACACACACCACAGCUCAGGCUUGUUUGUGAACUGCCCGUUGUCUCGGUCUCUGACAAGGUUUAUUCAAUUGGUAGUCUGUCAGCGUUUCAAUUAAAAGCAUGUUUGUAACAAAAUAAGGGGCUCAGCGAGCCAACUCAGUCCAAGACUCCUAGACUCUUGUCUCUCUGUCAGUCUGACUAUUUAUGAUAUUGAUUGCAUCCACGCCAGUUAAAGCAGUGAAACUGUGGUAAAAAUCCCUUUUUUUGAAAGUAUGUAGAAAUUUUCUUGUAAGUGUAGUGUAGAGAUCCAUUUAAAACUGUUAAGUACAAACUUUUUUCUGUUUCCAUUUGUUCCUUAUGGCUGUCCCCCUCUUCCUGACCCCCAUCUGAGUUGAAAUAAUUUGCCUAGAUUCUGCAAGCUUGCCUGAAUUAGCACAUAUGAAAUCAUUGGUUAUGUUGGACUAGGAAGGAUGCUCCUUUCUUGGCCAGGGUAGGAAGUGGUCAUGUUUGAAGGACCCUUCAAUAAGGGACAAUCUUAAAAAGACUGCUGUGACACUUUCAGCAGCCUCUGAAUUGGGACACAGCUUGUGUCUUUCAGCUUGUUUCAUGGCCACUUUGGUUUGCCGACAUACUGAGAGGGGAAGGUUUGUUUGAUUUUGUAUUUGGAUACUCAUUAGAAGCAGGAAGCUAGUCCUCCUGGGGUCUGUUGUAGGUGACAUACUACAGAGAAUUAGAUCAGCUACUAGAGUUUUAUUUAAAGGUAGUAUUCUUUUUAAAACACUGUAGAUCAUUGCGUCCUGAAGAUUUUCUGCAAGGUCUCCCAGUUGCAGAUGAAAAUAUUUUGACAUCCACCCACCCCUAACCUUACUCUUGAGCACAUAAAUUUAUACUAAAGUGUGGCUCCCUCUUCAAUACCCAUCGUCAUACAGGUGAAGCUGAAGUUGAAAUAUGACUGUCAUAUUUCUUGUCUUUGUGUUAGUUGUUGUAAUGUCUGUUGUAGGUGCAUUGGUAGCGCUACAUUUACCUGGACGUAGUUUCACAAAAGUUGCACUGCCCUUGUUCCUUCAUCGUUCCUCUGUGUGUUACUGAACACAGGGUGAAUUUGUGUGCUGGUUGCAGUCUGCACCCAAGCAGCUGGAUGCCUCUAAAACCUGCACACUGGUCUUUUAAAGGUGAAGUUUCACCGCAUAUUUACUUGUACCUGGAUGUCUGAACUCUUAAAUGUCUCAUCAGGGUAAUUUAUUCCAGGCUCAGUAUUUAAGACUUACUGCUUAUUAUCAAAACAAAGAAAACUGUGCAAAAAAGCCUUAAUCAAACAGGAAUUAAGAAGGUGCAUUGUGUCCUUGUAUAAUGUGUCAAAAAGAAAGGAGAAAUGCAGAAUUAUGAAAGUGUUAAAUAUGAUGGAAAAAUUGGUUAUGUGUUUUAAUUGUGGGAUGGAUUAGGUUUAAACUCUGACCUCAACACUAGUCUAAUCCUUCUGUGUUCAUUUGCAGACAGGAAUAGAAAAUCUAAAAGAGUGCAAAAAAGGGAAGCAUGUGGUCUGUUGUAAAGCUUAAUGCUGACCCAAAAAGACAAGGAUCACCAAAGCUUUUUUCAACACAAACCAUUGUUUAAAAUGUUGCUCUUGAAAACUGCCUCAAGCUGUUGAACUAAUACUAUUAUAUAUGCCUGUGCUCUUGCAGAGGAUUCUGGGAACUCAAAAAUAUGAAAUAGUUCAAGCACACAUGAAGGGUCAGAUGAAGGAUCAUAAUACACUUUUUUUUGAGAAUCUGAAGUGAUAUUUUUUAACAGUAUUUUUCUAAUCUGCAGCCAAAAUUUAAGCCUGAAAUGUUUUUGAUGUUGCAUGAUUACUACCUUUGUAUUGCCAAACAUUGUUAAAAAUGUGUUUUUUUUAAUGUUUCAUCAGGAGGAACUUUCUGCGCAGUAUUGACAAUGUGAACAAAGUUAUUGUAGUGCCCAAAAUACCAACACGGUGCUGCAAAUUUAAUUAGCUCAUACAUGUGGUCUGUGUUGGUGGAUUGUUUUUAUGAAUAAUGAAUCAGCCUCAGAUAACGUCUGUGUGAACAGAACAGCGUGUUCACUGCCACCCUCUGCAUUGUGUUGUGUGUAUUAACCUGAGGUGUUAAAACCUGAUAUAAAUGAGAUGUCUUUUCUUAAAAUGACUUAUAUGUGUAUAUAUAUAUAUAUAUAUAAAUAUGUUUUUGCCUGCAUUGACAAUACAGACAAACUGCACAUGAAUAUUUAUUUUCAUAAUUUAUCCUGUUUUGUAAACAAACAUUUGUAAUAGAUCAGGACAUUAGUACAUUAUUUUCUUUUAUGGAAAUAAACCCAGACAGUA